CUGAUGUCAGGUUAAAAACCUCAGCACCACGUGCUGCUGACAAACCUGCCUGUGACUGCCUGCCUAGAGCCAGAGACCUCACUUGCUAGAGCCAACAUGUCAGCUGUGGUUCUGGAGAGCCGAAGAGGCCUGUCCAGGAAACUCUCUGAUUUUGGCCAGGAAACAAGCUACAUUGAAAACAACAACUCCAAUGAAAAUGAUGCCAUAUCACUUAUUUUCACACUCAAAGAAGAAGUUGGCGCGCUGGCCAAAGUCUUGCGCUUAUUUGAGGAGAAUGAAAUAAAUCUGAUUCACAUUGAAUCCAGACCUUCGCGCUUAAAGAAAGAUGAGUAUGAAAUCUUCACCAGUCUGGACAAGAGAAGCGUGCCUACUCUGGCCAACAUCAUUAACACCUUGAAGCAUGAGAUUGGUGCCACCGUGCAUGAGCUUUCUCGAGAGAAGAAGAAAGACACAAAGAGAGGAAGUGAGAAGGAGAGAAAGAUGGAAACAUUGAUGGGACAGCAACAUCUAUUAAAUGCUUCUUACAUGCCCCCUAUUAAGGAUCGAGUUUGCAACCAGAGUUGUGCCCUAACCAGGAAUCAGACAGUACCUUGGUUCCCAAGGACCAUUCAAGAUCUGGACAGAUUUGCCAACCAGAUUCUCAGCUAUGGAGCAGAACUGGAUGCAGACCACCCCGGCUUUAAAGAUCCUGUGUACCGAGCAAGACGGAAGUAUUUUGCUGACAUAGCCUACAACUACCGACAUGGGCAGCCCAUCCCUCGAGUGGAAUACACAGAGGAGGAAAAGAAAACCUGGGGGACGGUGUUCAAGACCCUGAAGUCCUUGUAUAAAACCCAUGCUUGCUAUGAGCACAACCACAUCUUCCCACUUCUGGAAAAGUACUGUGGCUUCCGUGAAGAUAACAUUCCUCAGCUGGAGGAGGUGUCUCAGUUUCUGCAGAGUUGCACUGGCUUCCGCCUCCGACCUGUGGCUGGCCUGCUUUCCUCUCGGGAUUUCCUGGGUGGCCUGGCAUUCCGAGUCUUCCACUGCACCCAGUACAUCAGACAUGGGUCCAAGCCCAUGUAUACACCUGAACCUGACAUCUGCCAUGAACUGCUGGGACAUGUGCCCUUGUUUUCAGAUCGCAGUUUUGCCCAGUUUUCCCAGGAAAUUGGCCUUGCCUCUUUGGGUGCACCUGAUGAGUACAUUGAGAAACUCGCCACGAUUUACUGGUUUACUGUGGAGUUUGGGCUCUGCAAACAAGGAGACUCCAUAAAGGCAUAUGGCGCUGGGCUCCUGUCAUCGUUUGGUGAAUUACAGUACUGCUUGUCAGACAAGCCCAUACGCCUCCCUCUGGAACUGGAGAAGACAGCCAUCCAGGAGUACACGAUCACAGAGUUCCAGCCCCUGUAUUAUGUGGCUGAGAGUUUUAAUGAUGCCAAGGAGAAAGUAAGAAACUUUGCUGCUACAAUCCCACGGCCCUUCUCAGUUCGUUAUGACCCAUACACCCAAAGGAUUGAGGUCUUGGACAAUACCCAGCAACUUAAGAUUUUGGCUGACUCCAUCAACAGUGAAGUUGGAAUCCUUUGCAGUGCCCUCCAGAAAAUAAAGUGAAGCCAUGGACAGAACCAGGUCCAUCAACUAAGAAUCUGUUGAUAGAAAUCCAACUACUUCUUUUAUUUUAUCUGAGAAAGUCUGGAAAUCAAACCUUAAUUAGAAAUGACAACCUUAAGUCACUUUUUUGAACAAGGUGAAGGAGCAACAAAUAAGUCUAAAUAAUCUGAAAUGACAACAUAUUAAUACAUACCCCAAAGCAUAAAGGUGGAUCUUUUGGGGUCAUCUUUUGAUUUUGAGAUGAUAAUAAUAUACUCUCAACUGAGUUAAAAUGAAUAAUGUCACUUUAUAUAAAAAUUAAUUAAUCUGUGACCUGCUUCAUGCACAUAUUUACCAUAGAGAAUUCCUAAAGGAGUAUGUAUCACUUAAUGUAAAAUACAAGUCUAUGAUCAGAAUUGAACUUUGGGGUUUAAUAUAAAUCUUAUCCUACAAAAGUCAUUUUCUAUUUCAUUGAACUAUGAUUCUAAUAACUGCUUUACUGUGUUGCCUAUAAAGAUAUUCUUUA